CUUGCAGAUGUGACCCACAGGAUAGGUCACCGAGGCUUGACCCAACUUACAAAGUAUGACUGAUGUUCCGGACAACGCUCCAGAACACUGUCCUGGUACGAAGAGCGAGGACGCUGGUAAGGCGUCUGCAUGUGCUGGCUGUCCCAAUCAGUCUGUUUGUGCAAGCAGCAAGCCCAGGACUCCAGAUCCAGAUGUUGGGCGAGUGAAAGAAAGGAUGGCUGGAGUUAAGCACAAGAUAGUUAUUCUGUCUGGCAAGGGAGGUGUAGGGAAGAGUACCUUUUCGGGGCAACUUGCUUAUGGAAUAGCGGCCGAUGAAACUAAGCAAGUUGGUCUAUUGGAUAUUGACAUAUGUGGUCCAUCCAUUCCACGGCUUAUGGGUUGUGAUGGAGAACAAGUUCACCUGAGCAAUUCAGGAUGGUCACCAGUUUACGUUGAAGACAACUUGUCUGUCAUGUCUGUUGGAUUUUUGUUGGAAAGUCCGGAUGAUGCGGUUAUUUGGCGAGGACCAAAGAAAAAUGGUCUAAUCAAACAGUUUAUGCGAGAUGUUGAUUGGGGUGACUUGGAUUACCUAAUCAUAGACACACCACCUGGAACUUCAGAUGAGCACUUGUCCAUUGUACAGUAUCUUAGCAGUAGCCAUGUUGAUGGAGCAAUAGUUAUCACAACACCACAAGAAGUCUCUCUCCUUGACGUGAGAAAAGAGAUCAAUUUCUGUCGUAAAGUAAAUUUACCAAUUAUGGGAGUGGUGGAGAACAUGAGUGGGUUUAUAUGUCCAAAAUGCAAACAUCAAUCACAAAUAUUCCCUCCAACGACAGGAGGAGCAGUAAAGAUGGCAAAAGAUAUGGGCAUUCCGUUUCUUGGAAGUAUUCCUCUUGAUCCUAGCAUAGGUAAAAGCUGUGAUGAAGGAAAGUCAUUUCUGAAAGAACAUCAAGACAGCCCUGCUGCUGCUGCUUUUCACAGUAUCAUAUGUGAAAUAUCAAGACAAUGCAGUGGAAGUCCAAGUGAAGAAGAGCACUAAUCAUGUGCCGCAAAUGUAAUUCUCUUGCUAUGCAGUUGUUACAUAUAGACGCAGUAUACUAUAUUUGCACAAAGGAUUAGUGGUAACAUCAU